CAUAAAGCAUACGUCCUAGUCUUGUGGCCGAGUCAUCUACAACAAAGGCCAGCACCGGCUUAUUUAAUUCGAUUCCGAAUCUUUGCCUAAACCGACAGGGAAACAUUUGAUUACAAAGGCAAUGAAGCAUGUGGGCUAGUCGUGUCCUCAUUCACCCCCCGGAAAAAUAUAUAAUCCAUGCCUAGUAGACGCCUCCGAAGAAAGAGCCUGGCGAUUUCUCAGGCUUUGAAUGCUCAGUUUACCGAUAUCGAAACAACCCAAGAUUGUCUUUUCUUAAGUACCCGCAAAUUUUUUUGACCCGUCUUUUCCAUUUCUUUAUUCGUCACACUGUUCAGCGGGUUGUAAUCUACAAAAAGGCUUUCUUGCUUGCUUGGCUUCUUGCAUCUGUUCUGGCGGUGGUUGUGUUUUUUAUGGUCCUUUCUUGAUUGAAUUUGCGCGAAGAAGCUCGAGCGGCUUUUAAAUGGACGACGGUGAAGUUAUUGGAAGCAAGUUCCGGAGGGUCUGCGUGUUCUGCGGGAGCAACUCUGGGCACAGACAAGUGUUCGGCGAUGCGGCUCUCGAACUUGGCGAUGAACUGGUGAAGAGGAAGACGGAUUUGGUUUAUGGUGGAGGGAGUGUUGGGUUGAUGGGUUUAAUUUCCCAGAAAGUGUUUGAUGGAGGGUGCCAUGUUUUGGGGGUGAUUCCUAAAGCUCUCAUGCCCCUUGAGAUAUCUGGCCAGACUAUUGGAGAAGUACGGACCGUCCUUGACAUGCAUGAGCGCAAAGCUGUGAUGGCUCGUGAAGCAGAUGCCUUCAUUGCUCUUCCUGGAGGAUUUGGAACAAUGGAAGAAACUUUGGAAAUGAUAACGUGGUCCCAGCUUGGCAUUCAUAAGAAACCAGUUGGUCUCCUGAAUGUUGAGGGGUACUACAAUAGUCUGCUUGCUUUAUUUGACAAUGGUGUCAAAGAAGGUUUUAUCAAGCCCAGUGCUCGGGAUAUAGUGCUCUCUGCUCCCACUGCCAAAGAGCUUAUGAUAAAGAUGGAGCAAUACACCCCUUCCCACGAGCAUGUUGCUUCUCAUGAGAGUUGGCAGAUGCACAAGCUUGGUGAUUAUCCAGGGCAAUAAAUUGCACAGGAAGUUUACAUACAAGAGAGGCAUUUUUCAUGAUUGGGUCCAUGGUGUCAAUCAUUAUUCUUUUGAGUUGUUUGAAAGAGCUUAUUCACAGGGGCCCAGACAUUGUUUGUUCUUGCUAGGGACUGCAUCCCCUGCUAGCUGUUUCCCAGCGCCAGUUGGUAUGGUCAAAUGUAGAACUGUUCUGCCAUCAUAUCAAUUGGUUGAUGCUCUAUAUACAAGAAAUGCAUUUUGAAAUUCUAAGGAGAUGGUGAUUGCUUUUGUAUCGAAUCUUCGAGCUUGUUAUGAUAUAUUUCUGCAAAGGAAUGCUUCAUGAUAGUGGAUGGUGUAGCAUGUUCUAGGGCGGUUCAGUGAUGAAUGUCAAGUGAAACUCGACUGAGCUAAAAUAUUACGAAUUUAUUUGUUCCCCACCAGGGGAAGUGAA